AUGGCCGUCGAGACUAGCCACGACGCAACAGUCGCGAAGGUGCAGCCUUCGUUCGAGAUCCCACUCGUUGAUUUCGGCCGCUACCUCCAUGGCUCAGAAGACGAGCAGAAGGCAUGUGUGGACGAGAUCAUGAAGGGAUUCACCACCUCGGGCUUCAUCUAUGUCCAGAACAGUGGACUUGAUCCGCGUGAGGCCUUCCAGUGGUCCGAGAAGUUUUUUGCUCUGCCGGCGGAAGAAAAGCAGAAGUACCCCAACCAUGACUCGGAGGCGAACAGAGGCUAUUCCGGUAUGGGGGUGGAAAAGGUCACCAACGCAGAUCUCACCAAGGAGGAGAACAUUGAAGAACUCCGCAAGAUCUUCCCAGAUAUCAAGGAAUCACUAGAAAUUGGCAGCGAGGCGCCCUGGGGCUACCCUGAGAAGCCAUACGAGAACCAUUUCCCCGAGCAUCUCAUCCCCGGCUUCAGCAAGGGCAUCCAGGACUUUUAUGUGAACUGUGACCGCCUACAUAAGAGCCUCAUGUCGGCGAUCGCAACAGGGCUGGGUCUCAAAAAAUCCUACUUUGAGCCGCAGAUCUCGGGAGGAGACCAUGUCUUGAGACUGCUCCAUUACCCUGCCGUGCCUCAAAGUUUGCUGACUCAAGAGGGCGCUGUCCGUGCUGGAGCCCAUACCGAUUACGGCACCGUCACCCUCCUCUUCCAGGACGGCAGCGGUGGUCUGCAAGCGCGAACUCCCUCGGGGCAGUACGUGGAUGUGCCACCGAUUGCAGGAGCUAUUGUCAUCAACGCUGGGGACUUGCUGCAAAUUUGGUCCAACGAUAUGAUCAAGUCCACAUUUCACCGCGUUGUCUCACCCCCCAACGCCCCGACCACUGAUGAUGGCAAAUUUUCUGCCAGGUACUCUAUUGCUUUCUUCGCCCAUCCCGACCAUGACAAGGUAGUAGAGGGGAUCAAGGAAUGUGUGACUGAGACCAGGCCCCUCAAAUACGAGCCCGUUCUGCCUCUCGAGUGGAUGGUGAAGCGUCUUCAGGCAACAUACUAG